GCUGCUGCCGCGCACGGGAGGCAGGCCGGUGUUUUUCCACAAGUGAUGUCUAAUGGUCACCCAUGUUGAGAGACAAAGGUCAGAAAAAAGAAGCUCAUAAACUAAAUGUACCGCUGCCGCUGUUAUUCAGCACCGAGCAGCCGCACAAUACAGAAGAGACACCAGCGUUUCAAAGGAAUUAAAGGAAAUAAACAGUAAAGCAUGGCCCAGAAGGAGAAACUUCAGUGUCUAAAGGACUUCCACAAGGACAUUCUGAAACCCUCCCCAGGAAAGAGCCCAGGCACAAGGCCAGAGGAUGAAGCCGAGGGAAAACAUCCCCAAAGGGAAAAGUGGGCUAGCAAGCUUGACUUUCUUCUAUCAGUCGCCGGGGGCUUUGUUGGUUUGGGCAACGUUUGGCGGUUCCCGUACCUCUGCUACAAGAAUGGCGGAGGUGCUUUUCUCAUCCCGUACUUCAUUUUCCUGUUUGGCGGAGGACUGCCUGUAUUCUUCCUGGAGGUGGCGCUUGGUCAGUUCACCUCUGAGGGAGGAAUCACCUGCUGGGAGAAACUUUGCCCCAUUUUUACAGGUAUCGGCUAUGCAUCCAUAGUGAUUGUGUCUCUGCUGAACAUCUACUACAUUGUGAUUCUGGCCUGGGGCUUGUACUACCUGUUCCAGUGCUUUCAGCCAGAGCUUCCCUGGGCAAGCUGCAACAACAAAUGGAACACAGAAAAUUGUGUGGAGGAUACCCUCCGCAAGAACAAGACACUCUGGUUGGCUGCGGAUGCUGCUAACUUCACUUCCCCCGUCACUGAGUUCUGGGAGCGAAAUGUCCUCAGCAUCUCAGAUGGUAUCGAGCAGGUGGGUCAUAUUAAAUGGGACCUGGCUCUGUGUCUGCUCGCUAUGUGGGUCAUCUGUUUCUUCUGCAUCUGGAAGGGUGUCAAGUCCACUGGGAAGGUUGUGUACGUCACAGCAACAUUUCCAUUUGUCAUGUUAAUUGUCCUGCUUGUACGGGGUGUCACUCUUCCUGGGGCAGCCGAGGGCAUCAAAUUUUAUCUGUACCCAAAUGUGACUCGUCUUGGAGACCCAGAGGUGUGGAUCGAUGCAGGGACACAGAUUUUCUUCUCUUAUGCCAUCUGUCUUGGAGCCAUGACGUCACUGGGAAGCUACAACAAGUACAAAUACAACUGCUACAGGGACUGUUUGCUGCUGGGAGGCCUGAACAGCGCUACAAGUUUUGUGUCUGGCUUCGCAAUAUUUUCCGUCCUGGGCUUCAUGGCACAAGAGCAAGGGGUGGACAUAGCCGAUGUGGCAGAGUCAGGUCCUGGUUUGGCCUUCAUUGCUUACCCUAAAGCUGUGAGUAUGAUGCCACUUCCAACAUUUUGGGCAAUUCUUUUCUUCAUCAUGCUUCUGCUGUUGGGCCUCGACAGUCAGUUUGUUGAAGUGGAAGGGCAGAUCACCUCCCUAGUGGAUCUGUAUCCAUCCUUCCUAAGGAAGGGUUAUCGGCGUGAAAUCUUCAUUGCUAUAGUCUGUUUUGUGAGCUACCUGUUGGGACUUACCAUGGUCACCGAGGGUGGCAUGUACGUGUUUCAACUCUUUGACUACUAUGCAGCCAGUGGCGUGUGCCUUUUAUGGGUUGCAUUCUUUGAAUGUAUUGCUGUUGCCUGGGUUUAUGGCGCUGAUAAUUUCUAUGAUGCGAUUGAAGAGAUGAUUGGUUACAGACCAAACCCCUGGAUGAAGUGGAGUUGGACUGUAAUCACACCUUUUCUGUGUGUGGGAUGCUUUGUCUUCUCAUUGGUCAAGUACACACCCUUGAGAUACAACAAAGUCUACGAGUACCCGGACUGGUCCGUUGGAGUCGGCUGGACCCUUGCCCUCACGUCCAUGAUCUGCAUACCAAUGGUGGUUGUGAUCAAAAUCAUUCAAUCAGAUGGACCCCUUAUAGAGCGGAUCAAAGCGGUGGCGGCACCUGUGAAGGGAGGAGCCAGUUCUUGCCCUCAGGAGUACCAGCCCAAAUGCAACGAGCUGGCGAAGCCGCUGGACCCCAACUGGAACGGAGGCUUGAUGAAGCCCACCCACACCAUCGUAGAAACUAUGAUGUGAACGCUCUCUGUGAGAGGAUUCAAUGACCUGCUUUUCCAUUAUAUAUAUAUGAUUCUAUAUAGUACAUGUAUUAAAAAUAUACUCUUUAACUUUUGACAUAGUCGUAGGACCAGGUUUACAUUGCUACGCAUCUGCACUAGGAGUCCUUGUUUUGUUUUGUUUUUCUACAGAGAAAGUUUGAUUUUGUCUGUCUGUAUUUUUAAUAUUUUUAUCACUAUUAUAUUGCUAUUGUUGUCGCUGUUAUUAGAAUGAGAACAGAUCGUAAACAGCAGUAUCCUGAACGUAGAACCACGACCGUUCUAUUUUUGUAACUUUUAUCUUGUACAUAUCGAAAUCAUACUGUGUUUAUUUUUUUGAGAAUCGAGAAUCAUGGGGAAAACACAAAGGGCUCCGUAAACGUGAAUCGCGAAAAGUAAUGUUGGUGUACAAAGAUCUAAAAAAAAAAUACACCCUCAUCCUCGCCAACAUGAAAGGCUCAUCUUUUUAGGGAUAGAAGUCAUUAUGCAUUAUUGUAGAGCUUUAAGUGUGUCCCGACAAACUGUUUAGACUGGAGAUUGUGCUGUGUGGAAGAAUCGAGCCGUAAGCACUGCUUGUUUUCAAUGCACUAUACCACUAAGGACACUACAUUCUCCAUAUUGUUGCACCAUUUAAAUGGAUAGUUUACAAAAAAAAAAAAAAGUCGUCAUUAUUUACUCACCCUCAAUUGGUUCCAAACCUGUAUGACUUGUAGUUUUUUAUAGAAUGAUUCAACAUACAAUAAAAGUCAAUGGGGAACAAAACAUUGACUUUCGGGGACCAUUUAGAACUUACUGUUUUCAAGUUUUUUAAAUGUAUUUUGGCAUUCACUGACACAACAAUAGCAUUUUUUUUUGGGGGGGGGGGGUUAAAAGUUAAAGUUUUUGAUAACAAUACCAUUAUCACCUCUGCAUAAAUGAUAAAAACGCGAAUAUGUGAAAACAGUGGCAUUAUGCGCAUCAAUAUUAUGUCUUAUGUCUGUAAGCACAUAGUUUUUCUUUACAAAGUGACAACGCCAACUACUGGCGUAAUAUAGCUUUUUGGUAGUUUUUUCGGAUCCAUGUGAAUGGGAAUUGUUUUGACAAAGUCGUUGUUUGUACAUGAAAAACGCAAAGGAAAAACUCUUCUGUUUUAAUAAAUUCUUUUUGGGUAAAUGUACCAUCAUUGUAUGAAAAAAAACAACUUUUGAACCAAUUGAAAUGUCUCUUUAUACAUGUUCCUCAACAAAACGGAACAUCGUGAGAGUGAGUAAAAAACGUAUCUUUAAUUUUUUGCGUGAACUGUCCCUUUUAAGUCUGUUAAAAAUGGUGCGUGACUUCGGAAUUAUGUGUAUCGCUAAUUCUUAUCCGUCUCUUUCCUCUUCAAAAGAUGCGUUCACAAUAAGUGACUUUUGUAGCAAAUACAACAGACAUGUCCAUUCUAUUUGCGCAGUUAAUGAACCCCCCACACAAAUUUCGAGUUUGCGCUAAAUCUGGGCCUGAUGUGCAAGUAUAUUCACUUUGCUAUUUGUAAGUCACCAGAUACGUUCUUAUUUGGGGAUUUCAGUAUGUGAAGCUGCCUGGCAAUAUUUAAAAACCACAUAGAUUCAGAGUAGUUUCAUAUGUUUUGUAUCAAAUCUCUUUGGUUUCAUUUCCAAUCACAUUUGCCUUUUGUAUUCAGAAACAUCACUGUAGUUGUCUGUUGUCUUCAGCAAAUACCAAUGGAUCUCAUCCACAGCUGUUAAACGACAAAAAAGAAGAAGAAGCAGCUUGCUGCGAACUGUAAUGUGCAAUACUUUGUAGAACGAUAUGCAUUGUUCCUGUCUUCACCUGUCUUGCAGAAAGUUGGUGCACGGAUGUGUGGAAUUGCAUAUGAUUUUUAAGCUGUUGAAAUAUGUCAGAAACAACGAACAGGGGCCAAUUUAAGCAGCCAUCCAUGGUAUGCUAAUUUAACACCAAAAACUCAAUGCAAAUCUACUUACUGUGACAAUUUAUACUUUUUAAAUUAGAAAGUAAAGCUUAAUUCUAAGGAUUAUGCCAAUGUUAUGGAUUAAAUUGAUCAGAUUUAACAUGAUAUUUUUGACAUGGCCAAGUUCAAACUGUAGCCAAUCGCAAAGGGAGAUGCUCAGUUGAUCUCAACAGCUUCUACCUUGCUACCUUUGGGAUGCUUCAUUACAGAAAUGUAAAUACAAAUGUUGAGAGAGGCACAAUUAUUAUUAUUGUUAUUAUUCCGAGAUUAAUAUGCAGUCUCAGGGUGUGUUUUAAUAACAGAGACUGGUUUCCCACAGUUGCACGUUUUUGAAACCCUUCCAUUUUUAAAGAACAGCUAAAGGGGGCAGUGUUUAUAAAUGCAAGAAGAGAACUUUUUUAAAAGUAAUGAUCAGAAAUGUUUUAUUUUUUUAUUUCGAGGAUAUCUAAGUUAAAAAAAAAAAAAUAA